CGAGUUGAAAUAGGUGGCAGCGUUGGUGAGAGCGCAUGACGCCUGUCCGAUUUGGGUUUUUAACGUGCGUUCUAGCGUGUGUUUUUGUGUGCCGUUGUUUUAUAUAUGCUAAAAAUAUAAAUUAGUGAACAAAAUAUAUAACCAGUGCAUCAAAUAUAAGGUGGAGUAUACCAGUGUGAGUUCGUAAGCGAAAAGUGUGCGGCAAAUAGUGCAUGUGGUUAUAGAUUCAGUGUUCAUUCCCGCACAGUAUUGAAAGUUCACGUGAAUGUGAUCGCUGGAAUCGGUGGAAAGGGUUGCAAAGCGAAGGCGCUGCAUGAAGCAUACCCUUUGGGUGUCGACAUUCACAGCAGCAGCAGACGCGUUUCGGGCAACAUGAUGAUGACCAAACGUGGGAUUUGGUCAGGACCACAGUUUAAAAUGUUGAUGCUGCUGACCGUUACGGUGGUACUAGCGCUCGUUGUGCCAUCGAAUGAAGAACCGUACGGAGGAGGAGGAGGCUAUUUUGGAGCAGAAACACGAUGUCCGCGGCUAUGUUCCUGCACAGGCACGACGGUAGAUUGUUCACAUCGAGGAUUGACUCAGGUGCCUCGAAAGAUCCCAUCGGAGACUGACAGACUUGAUCUGCAGGGCAAUAACAUCAGUGUCAUCUACGAGUCGGACUUCCAAGGAUUGGCGAAGCUGCGAAUACUGCAACUGACAGACAACCACAUCUACACCAUCGAAAAGGAUGCCUUGCACGAUCUGAUCUCGCUGGAGAGAUUGCGACUUAAUAGCAAUCGCUUAAAAUCUAUACCAGAUAAUUUUUUAUCCAGUGCCGCUAAUUUAUUACGAUUGGAUCUGUCACACAAUGCACUCACUGCCGUACCGAAACGUGCGUUCAAGGGAGCACCGGCGCUGCGCAGUCUUCAGCUGGACAACAACCAAAUCACCUGCCUGGAUGAAGGUGCCGUGAAAGGACUAACAGAGCUGGAGAUACUGACCUUAAAUAAUAAUAACAUCACCACGCUUCCGCGCGACAUGUUUGCCGGAAUGCCACGCCUGCGAGCGCUGCGCCUUUCGGAGAACCCGUUUGCGUGCGAUUGUCAUCUUUCCUGGUUGGCACGGUAUCUGAAGAAUGCAUCACGUCUGGCACCGUACACUCGGUGCCAUUCGCCCGGUCAGCUCAAGGGCCAGAAUGUGGCGGAUCUGCACGAGCAGGACUUCAAAUGUUCCGGCCUCACCGAGAACGCACCGAUGGAGUGUGGCGGUCGAAGCCUCUGUCCCCAUCCGUGCCGCUGUGCCGACGGAAUUGUCGACUGUCGGGAGAAAAGUCUUACCACCGUACCGUCCACGCUACCGGAGGACACAACUGAGCUCCGGCUCGAGCAGAACUACAUCACCGAAAUUCCACCGAAAGCGUUCGCUAACCACCGGCGCCUUAAGCGGAUAGACUUGUCAAAUAACAAUAUUUCGCGAGUCGCCUACGAUGCCUUCAGCGGGCUGAAGUCCUUAACGUCGCUCGUUCUUUAUGGUAAUAAAAUUAAGGAUUUACCGGCGAGCGUUUUCAAAGGAUUAACCUCACUCCAGCUGCUACUGCUGAACGCGAACGAAAUCAGUUGCGUGCGAAGAGACGCUUUCAAGGAUCUGCAUAAUCUCAGCCUUUUGUCACUGUACGAUAACAACAUCCAGUCGCUGGCCAACGGAACGUUCGACUCUCUGCGAAGCAUCCAAACGCUACAUUUGGCACGCAAUCCCUUCAUUUGUGAUUGCAAUCUUCGCUGGCUGGGCGAUUAUCUACACCAGAAUCCGAUCGAAACCAGCGGUGCCAAGUGCGACGCACCGAAGCGUAUGCAGCGCCGCCGGAUUGAAGCUUUGAAGGAUGAAAAGUUUAAAUGCACGGAUGAUUACAGCAAGAUCAAGUACUCGGGCGAAUGCCGCAUGGACCAGGAGUGCCCGGCCGCCUGUCAUUGCGAUCGGACGACGGUUGACUGUUCCGGGCGAGGGUUGAAAGAAAUCCCGCGUGACAUUCCGCUCUACACCACGGAACUCCUGCUCAACGAUAACGAGCUUAAUCGCAUCAAGUCGGAUGGACUGUUCGGUCGGCUGCCAAAUCUGGCAAAGCUGGAUUUGCGCCGAAAUCAGAUAUCCGGCAUCGAACCGAACGCGUUCGAGGGUGCCACCCGGAUACAGGAGCUGUUUUUGAGUGAAAACAAAAUCGCCGAAGUGCACAACAAGAUGUUCCUGGGGCUUCAUCAGCUCAAGACACUAUCACUUUACGAUAACAUCAUUACCUGCGUUAUGCCCGGUUCGUUUGACUACCUGACGUCUCUGACACAGCUAAAUCUGGCCUCGAAUCCGUUCCGGUGCAACUGCCAUCUUGCCUGGUUCUCGGACUGGCUGCGCAAGAAGCAGCUGAAUGGGCCGCCGGCCCGUUGCACUUCCCCGUCGAAGGUGCGCGACGUGCCGAUCAAGGAUUUGCCACACUUUGACUUUAAGUGCACCUCCGACAUGGAUCAGGGCUGUCUCGGCGAGGGUUACUGCCCGCCGUCCUGCACCUGCACCGGCACGGUGGUGCGUUGCUCCCGCAACAAGCUGAAGGAAAUCCCCAAAUCCAUCCCGGCCGAAACGACGGAGCUGUACCUCGAGUCGAACGAAAUCUCGAUGAUACAUUCCAAUCGCAUCAGCCACCUGAAAGCACUUACCAGAUUGGAUUUAAGCAACAACCAGAUCGGAAUACUGUCCAACCACACCUUUGCAAAUCUAAGCAAACUCUCGACACUCAUCAUAAGCUACAACAAUCUGCAGUGCGUUCAGAAGUACGCUCUUGCCGGGCUGACCAACCUGAAAGUGCUUUCGCUGCACGGGAACAAAAUUUCGAUGAUUCCGGAGGGUACCUUCAAUGAUUUGCAAUCAAUUACGCACAUUGCCCUUGGCAGCAAUCCGCUCUACUGUGACUGCUCCCUUCGCUGGCUGUCCGAGUGGGUUAAGCGGGACUACGUGGAGCCGGGCAUUGCGCGCUGUGCCGAGCCGGAACCGAUGAAGGAUAAGCUCAUCCUAUCGACACCGGCCGCCCAGUUCGUUUGCUCCGGCAAGGUAAGCAACGAAAUACUGUCCAAGUGCGACGCUUGCUACACGUUCCCGUGCAAGAACGAGGCGACGUGCAGUGCGCUGCCGGAGCGGCAGUACGAGUGCAAGUGCAAGCCCGGCUACCACGGGACGCACUGCGAGUUUAUGAUUGACGCGUGCUAUGGCAAUCCGUGCCGCAACAACGGUACCUGCACGGUGCUGGAGGAGGGACGCUUCAGCUGCCAUUGCCUGCAGGGGUAUACCGGUUCGCGGUGCGAGGUCAACAUAGACGACUGCGUGGGGCACAAGUGCCAGAACAAUGGCACCUGCGUGGACGGGGUGAACUCGUACAGCUGCUCCUGUGCGGCCAGCUUCACCGGCGAGUACUGCGAGAGCAAGAUUGAGUUCUGCGGCAAGGACUUCAAUCCGUGCCAGAACGGGGCAAAGUGUGUCGACCACACGACGCACUACAGCUGCGACUGUCUGCCCGGCUACCGGGGGCUCAACUGUACCGACAACAUUGACGACUGUGUCAAUCACAUGUGCCAGAACGGUGGCACCUGCGUGGACGGCAUUAACGACUACACGUGCAAGUGUCCGCACGAGUUUACGGGCAAGUUCUGCGAGGGCGCCCCCAUGGUGGCGAUGAUGUAUCCGCAGACGUCGCCCUGCCAGCAGCACGAGUGCAAGUUUGGCGUGUGCUUCCAGCCCAACCCAUCGAGCGCGGACUACAUCUGCAAGUGUGCCCCGGGCUAUUCCGGCAAACGCUGCGAGUAUCUGACCAGCCUCACGUUCCUGCAUAACAACUCGUUCGUCGAGCUGGAACCGCUGCGCACCAAGCCGGAAGCGAACGUGACGAUCGUGUUUAGCAGCACGCAGCAGAAUGGUGUGCUGAUGUACGACGGGCACAACGAGCAUCUGGCGGUGGAGCUGUUUAACGGCCGGAUCCGGGUGAGCUACGACGUCGGGAACGAUCCCGUGUCGACGAUGUACAGCUUCGAAAUGGUGGCCGACGGCAAGUACCAUCUGGUGGAGCUGCUGGCGAUCAAGAAAAACUUUACCCUGCGAGUGGACCGCGGCCUGGCUCGCUCCAUCAUCAACGAAGGCUCGAAGGACUACCUGAAGCUGUCGAGCCCGAUGUACCUCGGAGGGUUGCCGGCGGAGCCAGGCCAGCAAGCGUACAAACAGUGGCACCUCCGCAACCUGACCAGCUUCAAGGGCUGCAUGAAGGAAGUGUGGAUCAACCACAAGCAGGUUGAUUUUCUCAAUGCCGCCCGGCAGCAGAAGAUUACGCCGGGCUGUGCGCUGCUCGAACCGGACAGCGAGGGCGAAAUGGACGACGAGUUUAUGCAGGAAACGCCAGUUAUCCUAAAGGAGGUGAAUCCUUGCGAAAAUCAUCAAUGCAAACGGGGCGGAAAGUGUGUGCCCAACGGUAAGGGUGGCUACACGUGCAAGUGUAAGAAGGGCACCAAGGGCAAAUACUGCGACCAAGGUGAGGGAUCGGUAUCGCUAGUGAUCGACGAGGACCCGUUCAAAACUUCCUCUUCCGCAGCCUCCACUUGCCGCAAGGAGCAGGUGCGAGAGUACUAUACAGAAAACGAUUGCCGUUCGAGGCAGCCGCUCAAGUACGCCAAGUGCGUUGGAGGUUGCGGCAAUCAAUGCUGCGCUGCCAAAGUCGUACGCCGAAGAAAGGUACGCAUGGUGUGCAGCAACAACACCAAAUACGUGAAGCAGCUGGAUAUUGUGCGAAAGUGCCACUGUACGAAGAAAUGCUACUGACUGCAAGACGCGACUACCCAUGAACCAC